AUGCUGAAUAAAUGCCUUUGUCGGGGAGGCUACCGAGCGGCCGAUUCAUUACCUGUUUCUUUCGCGGACCCGGAAGGCGGCGCGGUUACCCCCCUCCACAAUUUUAGGAGAGCCGCUGUCAGUGUAUCCACAGAAAUGGCAGCCAGUAAUAUCUGCUCAUACAUCAGCUCCAACACCAAAGGCCUGCACGGGGAACUCGUGUCCUACCGGGGCGGGUUGUCAUUGUUGGCCGAGGAAUGGACUGCACCUCCGCUGGACCUUAUUUGGAUCGCUCAUUGUUCUCGCUUGAGGUGUUGUCCUUCUGGAGGUGUCAAUGGGGCAACUCCUCAACCGCAUACAUUAGAUAUAGCCAGGAGGACAAAGCAAGUGCAAGUCGGAAUCAAGUCUUAA